AAUAUGGUGGACGAUCUGGUUUGUCUUGACUUUCUUUUUUUCUGUGGCAAACCUGUCAUGAUAUAAAUCAGUUGGUAUUUCUCGGUUACUUCCUUAUAAGACACUCCAGCACAGUCAUUUGACUGGCCUAGUUUCCGAAGGAGGAAGUCAAAGGUGUUAAUUUAAAGGGUUGUUAAUAGGUGCACUGUUUUCCGUGAGGACUGUGUGCCUUAAUAUUAGGUUCGGAUAGUUUAACUUCUACUCUCAUUUGUUUAGGAACUGAGUAUUUCUUAACAAAAAAUUAUUAUUGCAAUAGUCAGGUUUUGACUUGCACCCGUGUCUACCUUGCAAGUUAGAGAUGAUAUCAUCACAGUGAAUGGAAAAAUACAAUUGUUGGUCCUGUUUGAUAAGGGUCAUCAAAUGUGACAAAGGAUUCAAAUGAUUCAAAGUCAUUGAGGGCUAGAAUCAAAAUCAGAUUUGGAAAUCAAACCAGCUUUGCUUGUUUGUGGUCUUAGUUAGCCCCAUUUCACGUAGCUUCACAUUGCCACUUAGCUUUUGUAAAUCACUGAAAGCAGCUGUGCGCAUAUGACAAUAAGACUACAUCCUGAUGUUUUGUAUGUAAAGCCAGGAAUGCAUUCAUUUGUGUAUUUGAAAGGGUCAGCAUAAGACUUACAGGUGACUAUCGACAUAUUUUUGGAUUAUGUUAUUAAACUGCACUUGUUCAUAUAAGUCAUUUAAAUGCGAAGUUGAUGCACUUCACAUUCACCAAGAAGACAUAGCUUCUUGUAAACCUUUUAUGAGCAUGAUAUGUUUAUAGGGUAUGUAAACUGUUUAGCCUUAUGGGUUAACAUUACAUCAUUAAGCUGUGAUACAUAGAAGGCUUUGAUAUUGGCUUGAUAUUGCCACAACAGUAAUAUAACUGUUUCAUGACUAUGUACUUGAUCCCGACUGCAAGAGUACAAUUUGGAAACUGUAGUUAUAUAACCCAAACUAUUAGUUAAUGUCAAGUUGUCAUAAAAAUGACUUUUUUAACUGAGUGACACUUGAUGACAGCAGUGAUAAACGUUUGAAAAGAUUCCACGUUUAUGAUGGUGUACUUCCCUUUCAAAUAAAGUGGUACUUCUUUUGGUUGUGAAGCAGCAAGGUGUGUUUAGGAGUUCGAAAGAAGUACAUCAAUGAUUAAUUUCUCCCCAGUGGCCUUCCAUGUGAAAUGAAACACACGCACACACCCAGACUCACAUACAUACACAAAUUAUUCAGAGGAUUCCCAGUCAUACAAUGAUGACACCAUGGACAGGCGCCACUCUGUCUCUGAGAGCCUGACUCCCCUUCAAUUCAGUGAAGAUGGACAUUACAGUACCUCUCCAUGCUUGAUAUCAUGUAUUCCUGGAAGCUGGGUGUACAAAUAGGCCCCCCGUGUUUCACAUAAAUCACAUUAUUUCUCUUUUUAAAUACCACAAUGUUUUCCUUUAUGAUGGACAGUUGGACAGUUAACAUUGCUCUUGUUUUAGAAAAACUGGCACGUUGCUGCCUUUGAUAAGCAGUCAGAUUCCCAGAAUAUUGUUUUGUUUUUUUUGUUGUUUGCAUUUUACAAUCACACCCAUAGUUCCAGUAAGCAGUAAUAACUUUUUAUGAAUAGGUGUGCAGAUAGGCUAAUCUUUGAAAGACCCUGUGAGAUUGAAAACACGCACUUUUAACAAUCUCGGCUGUUUUUUCUUUUUUUCAUAAAAUCUCUUUAAUGGUUGUAGAAGAAGCUCUCUUGAUCGAAAACUAUAUCCUAUUCUGUGCUGUUAUAUCUGAAAAAAGGUGUCCUGUCAUACCUGACACACCCUUCCCAGAAAGCUUAUUUGACAACUUGUUGCUUCUGCCUUUGUUAGCUUUUGUGUGUAUUAAUAUUUACCUUAUAUUAAUCAGCAUUUAUUAAAAGAAUAGUGACUGGCCUAAAAAUGAAUCUUUCUAGAUAAAGAGUCACAAAAAAAGAGUAUGAAGUAAGACAGCAAGCCAGGCAGGGAUUUGGCCUCUAAAUAUAAUAAUGAUUAAAUAGUGGCCGAGUCCCAUUAAACAUAGCAGUAAGCAGCAGGGUGUGAGGAGAGGCCAGGUCCAGAGCGCAAUACUGUUUACACUACAAAUGCGGUUGAGUUACACCAUGUACAGUAAAAUGGGCCCUACUGCCAGUAACUCUAGUCACUUACCAACAAAAGCAUCAUUUCCUGAAAGCUCCUCCCCUCCUCCCUCCCUCUUCUCCCCACCUCUCCCCUCCCCUCCUCCUCUGUUCUCACUCGCUCUCCAACCACCUUUUUGAGCUCAGAGGAACUAGUCCACAAUCACUAUGACUAAACCCCUUAUGCAAAUACCUGACAGUCCUGGUGAAGCAGGAAGUAUGUUUUAGAGUUGCUUGUAUCUCUGUUUGUGAGAGGUUGUAGGUGUGCGCUCAUUGCCCACAGCAGAUCUGUGGUAGAGGCAGAUGUGUGCUCUGAACCAUAGAGGAACUGUGAAGGGGCUAGUGAGAGUCCUGUGCUGGGUGGGAGCGCACCAGCUGUAAAGUGAUUACCAACACUUUGAUCAACACAUGGAAGAGACUGUCCAGUUCAGGGAUUCAAGGUGAAGCAGGAGCGUAUGUGUGUGUGUAUUUUACUCCCCCAAACUGCAGCUGUUGGAUCCAUGUCUCUCAUGCAGUUCUGGACUAAAUUUUAUGCUCAGCUGGGAAAACCGCUACCAAAGGACCUGCCCUGCCUUGAUGACAUCUCCACAAACUCUCUGUUCUCCUCUCCGACUGACUCACUGUCGGAGUAUGCUGAUACCCAGUCCUUCAUCAAUGCAGAGAACCUGGACACAGUGCCCACAAUCUGGGACGUCAGCACUAGUACCACCACACCAGCACAGAGCCAGUUAGAGCAGAAUGGCACCAGCAGGUUUCAAGGCUUGGCAAGUUUGGAGGAUAUAUCUGCUAUUAUCAGCACCCCACCUUUAGGAGGAUUCCAGCCUCAGACAACCCAGGCAGCAACAGAAGAGGAAGAGGAGGCCGAGGAAGAAGAAGCAGAGGAACUGGGACAUGUAGACACAUACGCUGAGUACAAACCUUCCAAAUCCACUAUAGGAAUUUCUCAUCCUGACAUAGUGGUGGAAACAAACACUCUAUCCAGUGUCCCUCCUCCUGACAUCACAUACACUCUGUCCAUCCCCGAGUCAACUAUUAAAAAUGGUCUGCUGUCUGCUCUGCAGCUAGAGGCUAUCAUAUACGCCUGCCAGCAACAUGAGGUGAUCCUCCAGAACAAGCAGAGGGCCGGCUUUCUGAUCGGAGAUGGGGCAGGGGUCGGAAAGGGACGCACUGUGGCAGGAAUCAUCCUGGAGAACUACCUUAAGGGAAGAAAAAAAGCACUAUGGUUCAGCAUAUCCAAUGACCUGAAAUUUGAUGCAGAGAGAGAUCUCAAAGACAUAGAUGCACCGACUAUUCCUGUGCAUGCUUUAAACAAGAUAAAGUACGGUGACACAGCUACCUCAGAAGGAGUCUUGUUUGCAACUUACUCUGCACUGAUUGGAGAAAGCCAAGCAGGAGGGCAGCUUCGGACGAGGAUCAAACAGAUCCUGGAUUGGUGCAAACCAGAAUUUGAUGGAGUUAUUAUUUUUGAUGAAUGCCACAAAGCCAAGAAUGCCACAUCUACAAAGAUGGGCAAAGCAGUUCUUGACCUGCAAAGCAAGCUGCCGCAUGCCAGGGUGGUGUAUGCCAGUGCCACAGGUGCCUCUGAGCCAAAGAACAUGAUUUAUAUGAGCCGACUAGGAAUUUGGGGUGAGGGCACACCCUUCCGAACCUUUGAUGACUUCCUGCAUUCCAUUGAGAAGAGAGGUGUCGGGGCCAUGGAGAUUGUGGCCAUGGACAUGAAAGUGAGUGGGAUGUACAUUGCCAGACAGCUGAGCUUCUCUGGGGUGUCUUUCCGCAUUGAAGAGAUCGGGCUGGACGGUGACUUCAAAGAGGUCUAUAAUAAAGCUGCCAAACUGUGGGCCGAGGCGUUGAAAACGUUCAUGCAGGCAGCUGAUGAGCUGGGCAUGGUCAGCAGGAAGUCUCUUUGGGGGCAGUUCUGGUCGUCUCACCAGCGAUUCUUCAAAUAUCUCUGUAUCGCUGCCAAGGUCCGCUCCUUGGUGGAGCUGGCCCAGAAAGAGCUGGAGGCCGGAAAGUGCAUCGUUAUUGGACUCCAGUCUACUGGAGAAUCGCGCACCAGAGAAGUCUUGGAUGAAAAUGACGGGCAUCUGGACAGAUUUGUUUCCGCAGCCGAGGGAGUAUUCCAGUCUCUUGUAACAAAGCAUUUCCCUUCAGAGAAGCAAAGCAGGGAAAAAGCUCCAAGUAACAAGAGAAAACGGAAACCCAGAGGUCGCCAGCCCAAAGUACCCAAGCACAGUAUAGAGAACAACGUUGUGAUCAACAUCACCGAUGACAGCAGUAGUGACUCCGAUGGCAUAGACACAGACUCCAACUCUUCACCAGACUCCCUGCUAGAUAAUGACGAUGUCAUCUUUGUGAACCAGACUAGCUACCAGACAGCCAGAAUAGAGGAAAUGAAGCAGGACCUCCUCAACAAAAUAGCAGAACUGGGAAAAGAACUACCUCUCAACACAUUGGAUGAGCUCAUUGACAAGUUUGGUGGACCAGAUAAAGUCUCUGAGAUGACUGGUCGUAAGGGUCGUGUGGUGCGGCGGCCUGACGGCACCGUGCGUUAUGAGUCACGAGCUGAGCAAGGGCUUACGAUUGACCACAUUAAUCUCAAGGAGAAAGAUCGCUUCAUGAGUGGAGAGAAGUUGGUGGCCAUCAUCUCAGAAGCAGCGAGCUCUGGGAUUUCCCUGCAGGCAGACAAGAGAGUGAAAAACCAGAGACGCAGGGUUCACAUGACCCUGGAGCUGCCUUGGAGCGCAGACAGGGCUAUUCAGCAGUUCGGUCGGACUCAUCGGUCCAAUCAGGUGACAGCCCCUGAGUACAUCUUUCUCAUCUCAGAGUUGGCUGGGGAGAGACGUUUUGCCUCCAUUGUGGCUAAGAGACUAGAGAGUCUGGGUGCAUUAACCCAUGGAGACAGAAGAGCCACAGAAACCAGAGACCUGAGCAGAUACAACUUUGAGAACAAGUACGGUACCAAGGCUCUGGAUAAAAUUACCAAAGCAAUUGUUGGCUUCAUAGAUAACAAGGUGCCCCCUCCCAAAGGCUACCCAGGGGGUGAUGCCAUGUUCUUCAGAGACAUGAAAGCUGGAAUGGUUGAUGUUGGGAUUUUAUGUAAGGAGCCCCGCAUUGGAAACAACAAUGAGAAAGACUGCAGCAUUACAAAGUUCCUAAAUCGCAUCCUGGGUCUGGAGGUCCACAAACAGAACCAUCUCUUCCAAUACUUCACUGACAACUUUGACUAUCUCAUAGAGAAGGAUAAAAAGGAGGGCAAAUAUGACAUGGGAAUCCUAGACCUUGCCCCAGGUAACGAUGAGAUUUAUGAGGAGACACAGGAAACUUUCUUGACGGCUGGAAAUCCUCAGGAUGGCCAGGUUGUUCUGUAUAAGAUCAGUGUGGACAGGGGCAUGCCCUGGGAUGAGGCCUACAAGAAAUCACUGAACCUCAGCGGCCAUGAUGAGGGAUUCUACCUGUCUAUGAAGCUUCGAGGUAACUAUCCAUGUGUGCUGCUAGCUGAGCAAGGAAGAGGGAAGAACUUUGUGGUCUAUAAGCCCAACAUCGGCAAGCAGACUCACCCUGAGAGUCUGGAAAAACUGCACCAAAAGUACAGGAAGGUGACCCCUGAGGAAGCCAGGGACUGCUGGGAGAACCAGUUCACCUUCUCCUUCAAGAAAUGCAGUCACGCUAACUGGAAUGGGAAGUGUAAGAAAAUUGAGGAAGGCCAGGAGUGUCUGCAGGGCAUGCGCCUCCGUCAGUAUCACAUGCUGUGUGGAGCUCUGUUACGAGUGUGGAAGCGCGUCUCUGAUGUGGUGUCUGACAUCACCAACAGCAGCAUCCUGCAGAUUGUCCGCCUUAAAACAAAGCAGCAUAACAAACAAGUCGGUAUCAAGAUCCCAGAGAACUGCGUUCCUCGCGUACGGGACGAGCUGCUGCAGAUGGAUGACGAGGUGAAGAAGAGGCGAAAAGAGAAAGAGCAGGCUGCUGAGAAUGAGCGCAAGCGCAAGCUUGAGUACCUGCAGGGGCACAGACAGCUCGUGGAAACUCUAACCAACCACAAAACCAUGCAUACUCAGUCCCUCACUCAGCCUUUCGACCCAAGAUUCCCACUCCAACACAGAAUGCAUCCCCAAGCCCAGCCCACCUUACCACACCUCAGUUCAGCCCUCUUGGCCUUACCGAUAAAUUCUAGCCAAACCCAGCAAAGGACCCAUAACAGCUGGUCCAACAAUCCGAGUUCCUUCUCCAACACCAACCAGAGCUCUCUGAACAGCUCAGUUAGCCUCAAUCUCUCACCGUUUUACUCACCCGCCUACAUGAACACUUUUCAACAAACGAAGAACCUGCCUCCUUCACUCCAUCAGACCAAGCAGCCUUCCAGUUUGUCUUCCAAAAGUCCUUUCGACGAUAUCUUAGACCUUACCAUGAGCUCUCCGUCUCCCUCUCCAGACACCACAGAGGGCGGACUCAAUCUGGACACUCUGACUAGCAACUCUACAGCGUUUGCAGAGGAUUUUAAUCUAGAGUCUCUCAUCUCUCAGACUGCACCAAACGUCCAGCAUGCUGCGCAAGUACAGCUGCCUCUCAUGCUGCAGCAGCCUCUUCAGGCCUCGCAGCAGCAGCAACAGCAGCAGCAGAACCACAACUUGCUGGCCAAUAACCACCAUGACUUAUUAGAUUAUUUUGAAAUAUCCCUUUCCCCUCAGAUGACCACACAGAAAGCCAGCCCUUCGUCUUCUACCUCCUCCUGCUCUUCCUCCACGUCCUCCACGUCUUCUGUGUCAAACAACAUGGGUUCUCUCUUCUCCAACCCGUCGCCCAACUCUUUGUUUUCCAGCUCUUCCUCUCACUUCCCCCCAGCCUAUCUCCUCGCUUCAUCAGACUCUGGUCCCUUACCCAACGGCAACUGCAGCUCCGGCGCUCUUGACGUCCGCGAGGCUUUGAACAGCAUGCUACAGGCCGGACCGGACCGCAAAUCUGUCAUUCAGUACAGGCCGCAAGAGUGAGAGCUCAACGGGCUCAUCUGGACUUUAUCUUUAGUUUUUUUCUUGUUGUUUUGUUUUUGUUAUGUCUCUUAGAGCAGAUGGCGUCUUGUUUGCUGCUGUCUUUGAUCGCAACCUUGGACCUACUCCCUCUCCCCUCAGGGCCUAUAGUCAAGUCACUGCCUGUCCUGCGUUGGGCUCACCCUUCUCUUUAUCCAUGUGUAGCGUUCACUUGCUUUAGGCUGUUGAGGUAACGACGGGCUCGAUCAAUAUUCGAUUUCUGCACCAAAGUGUGUCCUCCACGGUAAAAGGCAGCUGUUUAAAAAUAAAAGGAGAUGGGUGGGGGGGAGGAUGGGGCAAAAGAGGACGGGAUAACUUUAUUUUAUCGAACAUACGAGCUGUUGAGGUGUGGAAAUCUCUAAUAAACCUCCUGCUGCUGAUUUUUCUCGAGGUAUGAUUGGUGAGUUGCUGGAAGCUCUAAAUGCCUUUCACUAGUUAAAACCGCAUCUUUAAACUUUGCUUUACUGUUACUACAUUCACGGCUGUAUGCAAGGCUUUGGUUUGAGUGAAACACGAGGUAGUCGAACUGGAAGACGCAUGAAAUCUUUUAGCUGAUUAGCCAUGAAAUGCCUCAGAUUUCCUUUUCUUUUUUUUUUCCUUUCCCUUCUACGCACUCCCUCUUGUUUGUCUCCCUGCUUGUAUGAACACUAGUGUGAGGAAAAAAGGGAGAGGAUGAGAAGCCUGCUGUUGCAAACAGUGCCUUUGGAAAAAGUCUUUAAAUGCAGUCUUUAAAAUCCAUGUAGCCUAAUGUAUAGAUUUGUACUCUUGAGCGUUGGUUUCGAUUUUAAUUUAAUACGGUGUAUUUGUAUGAAACUUUUGGGGCCCAUGGUGAGUCAGGCAGUCGUCGUUUGUGUUACACUAUGCUGGUGUUGGGUUUCAGGAAGGCGCCUCCUUUGAGCCUGCAUGUGCUUGUGUGAUUGUCUGUGUAGCUGUCCACAAACGUUUAUCUACACCCCUUUCUCCCCUUUUAAUUUCACGUGACGCCCAUUUUUGUUUUGGAAAUCCUCAGGAAAAUCUUGUGUAUUUUUUUUUUUAUCUUUCUGUGUGGAUGUGUCAUUUUUUGACCAACACUGAUACCCGAACCUGUUCACGGUCUCUAAUUCUAAAGGAUCACAAAGAAUUUCUAUUGUUCUGAAAAGUAAGCGCCCCCGUCUCUUUGCUAGUAUCAGAGUAAUUUAUUGUUUCCUCUUGAGCACUGUUUUUCACAUGAAUUCAACCUAUACUAAAAAAUAAAACAUCCAGUUUCCAUUUGAGGCUCUAGAAAGCUUUUGAAAGAUGCGUGUACAUGUGUAUGAUAGUACAUAUUUAAAAACCUGUGAGGUCUGGCCAUGUUUGUGUGAUGCACUGUAGUUGGUUUGUGACAAAAUGCGCGGAGGAGUUAAAGUGAUCAAAAAGCAAUAAAAACCAUGUUAUAUGUUCGUUAUGAAACAAACGCUUCAGUACUGUUUACGCUCAACAGGCAAAGCUUUUUGGUUACCUUUGCAUGGUGUGAAUCGUCUUUAUUUCUAUUAUGCUUUGAAAUAUUUUAGUUAAAUACAUUUUAAAUUCAUUGUUAUUAAAAAAAAAGUUAUUUGUUAUUUAUAUUUAAGGGAUAUUUAGAUUUUAGAUACAUUAUCUUGCUUAUUGUAAUAGUUAAGGACAUGUUUGGUCAGGGAAGUUACUCAUUUUCAAGAUUGCUAUAAAACAAAUUCUAUUAUUACCUGCCACCAAAUAACAUUGCACUGUUCUACUGCUGUACAGCGUCUGGAUUUAUUUCUGCUCGUUUUACUUUUGCUUUUCUCAAACGCAAUUGUUUCUCCCACUCGUAGAGCUUUUUUUCUCUUGUCAGGCCUUCAGUUUGCAGAGAGAUACCAAAGUAUUCCACAGGCACCCCUAAAGUUACUGGCUCUAAGAUAUCAGACAUUUAUCAAUCUCAGGAAGAAACCUACAGGAGGCGUAACGUCGGGGCGUUAGCAGAAAUAUAUCAGUUCCCCUUUUAAGGAUGAUGAAACUAAUGAGUAUUUGUGCUAUUUUUUCUUAACUCUGUGCUGUGACUCUUGCUGUAUUUAUGUUUUAGACUUAAUGUGAUGGGUUUGUUGUUUGUCCUUGUGAAAAUGUCAGUGGUUCUAAAUAUUUAUGCCUUCUUAGGGCAAAGAUCAAAGGCUGUUUCUUUUAAGAAACAUUAUUUUUCUGUGGACAGUUUUGUUUUUUUCUUCGAACCAUGUUAACGCUGACCCGUUCUCCCGUCGACUCACACCUGGGUUAUACUAAAACGUGCAAUUAAUCUGUCCAAGCCUUCGCCCCUCCCCGCUUCUGUGUUUAGGGUUUAGGAUGUCUGAUUCGUUGUUUUUUUCUGUGUGCAGAAUAAUACUGCAGCUGCCCUUCGUUUCACUUUUAAUAAUAUUCGUCAGGCACAUUCCCAGACACCAGUCUGCAAACGUUUUGCCUUUGAUUUUGUUUUUAUAGUCACGGAAAUAAAGCUUUAUGCAUUUGAGGGAUAUGGACAGCAGUUUUUAGGAAAAAUAAUUCUUCAUUCGUUUAGUUAGGCCUAUAAUCAUUUUUAUCAUUUUGCACUAAGAAUGGCAUAAUCAAGUUACUGUUCUCCUGUUGGUUUUGAUUGAGCGUAGCACGCUUGAUGUAUUUCUGUUCUUCAGUGGAUUGCUCUGUGUAUACUUUAACCAUCUUUCUUGUUUCUCCCACCAGUUGCAUAUAUAUAAAUGUUAUCACCUUCAAAUAAUUUAUUGCUAACAAAACACAAAAUGAAACAAAAAAAACAUGCUACUGAUUGUAUGUAUUUUUAAACAAAGCCUAUUUUUCCUGUAAAAACAAAACUGUGUUCAGCACUUUUAUUCUGGGUUGUGCUUUUGUUUUCUAUAUAUUUAUAAUUUAGAUCCAAAUGUAUAUAUUGUAAAAUUUGUGCCUUUCAACUAAUUCUUAAAAAAAAAAUAAAAGUUUUCUACUUAUUAAAGGAAGGACGAUAUAAAAUUGCGGUCUUUGAAAACAGAUUAAAAACUUGAAGAUUGCUCAAA